AUGUCUGACGACGAGCGUGUUACCAAGCCCUUCAAGUUCGUCACAGGCGUCGAUGCCCGCUUCCCCAACCAGAACCAGACCAAGCACUGCUGGCAGAACUACGUCGACUACCACAAAUGCAUCAUUGCCAAGGGCGAGGACUUCGCUCCCUGCCGCCAGUUCUGGCUCGCCUACCGCUCUCUUUGCCCCAGCGGCUGGUACCAGCGGUGGGAUGCUCAGCGCGAGGCUGGUAACUUCCCUGCUAAGCUGGACUAA